CUGCUCAAGGCGGGCGGGGCUCCGGUCUCCACGGAGACGGCCGCGCGGAGCAGGCAGCAGGCGGGCGUUGAGGCAGUGGGGCCAUGGACUCCGAGAGCCUCCUUCUGUCGCUGGAGCUGGCGUCUGGCAGCGGGCAGGGCCUCAGCCCCGACCGGCGGGCCUCGCUGCUCACCUCCCUCACGCUGGUGAAGCGCGACUACCGCUACGACCGGGUGCUCUUCUGGGGCCGCAUCCUCGGCAUCGUGGCCGAUUACUACAUCGCGCAGGGCCUGAGCGCCGACCAGCUCGCCCCGCGCAAGACGCUGUACAGCCUGAACUGCAUGGAGUGGAGCCUCUUGCCCCCUGCCACUGAGGAGAUGAUGACACAGACCUCUGUGGUGAAGGGCCGCUUCAUGGGGGACCCCUCCCAUGAGUACGAGCACACUGAGAUGCAGAAGGUGAAUGAUGGUGAAAAAGUCUUCGAUGAAGAAGUUGUGGUCCAGAUCAAGGAAGAAAGCCGCUUGGUGUCCAUCAUUGACCAGAUUGACAAGGCUGUGGCUGUCAUCCCCCGUGGUGCCCUCUAUAAGACCCCUUUUGGACCUAUUCAUGUCAACCGGACCUUUGAAGGACUCUCUUUGUCUGAAGCCAAGAAGCUCAGUUCCUACUUCCACUUCAGGGAGCCUAUUGAGCUGAAGAACAAGACCUUGCUUGAGAAGGCUGAUAUGGACCCCUCGCUGGACUUCCUGGACUCCUUGGAGUAUGACAUCCCUAAAGGCUCCUGGAGCAUGCAGAUGGAGAGGGGCAACACGCUGGUGGUGCUGCGCAGCCUGCUCUGGCCAGGCCUCACCUUCUUCCACGCUCCCCACACCAAGAACUGUGGCUACAUCUACGUGGGCACUGGUGAGAAGAACAUAGACUUACCCUUCAUGCUGUAGGGGAGUGGGGAGCCCUGGGAUUUUCUCUAUGUAGUCUAAACUUUAUUUUCACAAACUUC